AUGGCAGCACAGAAUUCUCAAGUCUUGGGGAAAAGGAAAAUAAAUUUCCUUCAGCUUGCAGCCUCUGAAGGAACAAAAUCAAAGCUACUUGAACAAGUUUCCUGGCUGGAGAAAAAACUAGAGGCUCUGGACCGAAAGGAAGACAGUGGGGAACCAUAUGAAAAAAUGGUCCUUGCAAAAGACCAGUGUAUUGAAAAAUUACAAGCUGAAGUAAAAGCUUCCCAGGAGCAACUUGUAGCCUAUAAACUAAAGCACAAAAGGAAACUGGAAAAGCUACAAACUGAUUUGGCAACAGCUAAGCAAGAGGCUGCCAUCACAGUCCUGGAACUCAAUGAGAAGAUAAAGACUCUAUGUGAAGGAAAGCCAGCCCCUAGAGAAGACAGCUCACUGCAAGAGUGCUGUGGUGGUCUCUCGCCUGUGGAAGAUGGUGACCGAAAAAUCAACCUGAUUAUGGAGUUGUCGACCCAGGUUUCCCAUCAGACUGAGAAGAUCACUCAGCUGGAAGAAAUUUUAGAAGAAAAGGAAAGGAAGAUUCAGCAGCUGGAAGCCGAGCGGGAGGCCCAUCCUUUCCCAGAGGUCAAAGACUCUCCAGAAUGUUUACAAGAAGCCCCAAUUUUCUUUAAUAAUAGCAUCACUCCUGUGGUCUAUGACGAGGAUAUUUAA